AUGAGUAUUCAACUAGGCAAUUCCAAUGACUUUGAUAAUGAUGCUCAUGACCAUGAUGAUGUGGUCGGCAGGCUGAGUAAACUCCUACUUCCUUCUCCUGUAUCCGCCACAUCAUCCACAGGCUCAACAGUGAUGGAUGCCAACACUGAUGUUGUUGGGAUGUUUAAAUCACUGCCAUCAGAGAUCAUAAUCAGUAUCUUUGGAUACUUGGAUGAGUGGGAUCUGGCGCAUCUGUCACAAUCCUGUAAACAUCUUCUCAAGUUGAUCACUGUGAAUGACAUCUGGAUGGCAUUGCUUCAACGACGAUCAUUCAACAGACCACCACCAUACUUUAAGACCAACAAUGAUGUAGAAUAUAGAGGCCUGUUGAGGGCAUUGAGGCUUUCAAGAGAGAAUUGGAAAAGUGGAUCAUGUCGUACAACAUUGUUGACUGGUCACACUGAACCAUUAUCAGCAGUAUUGUUCAAUGGUACAAAGGUUAUUAGUGCAUCAUAUGAUAGUACACUCAAAGUAUGGUCAUAUGAAGGCGACAAAGGAAAUGACAACAACACCGACCAGGCCAAGGGACACGAUGGUAGUGGCGGUGGUCUAGAUAGGACACCACUUACAAUCAAUAGUGGACAAGUUGAGUGUAUGCAGUUGGAUUACACCAACAACAAUGUUGUCGUUGGUAAUAAGAGUGGUACCGUCAGUGUUUGGAAUGUGGACACUGGUAGUCAAGUAUACAGCGAGCGUGGCCAUCAAUAUUACAUCAGUGACAUCAAGGCCAACUACAACUCCACCAUCUUCUGUAGUGGCUCCAAGGAUAAGACCAUCAAGGUGUGGGAUAUGAAGCAACACAAAUUGGUACAGACUAUAAGGUUCCAGAAGCCAACAGCAUUAAAGAUGGAAUGGUGCGAGCAUAAUAGACAACACUUGCUGGCAAGCAAUGGGAAUCAACUCCAUUUGGUUGAUGUGGAAACUGGCCAACUGGUGAAAUCAUUCGACGGACAUAACAAGGUGAUUAAUAGCUUUGCCCUGCAGGACAAUGUCAUUGCCAGUGGAGGCGGCGACACAUUCAUCAACAUAUGGGACAUCCGAGAGAGCACGUGCGUUCGUUCAAUAACCCAUCUUCCAACACUCUACUGUAUCAAAGUACAACCCAGUCACAACAUGAUUGUUGUUGGAUCUGGUGAUAGUAAGGUCCAAUGUUAUCGAUUGGAUACAGGCGCGGCUGAGCAGAGCUACACAGGACACACUCAUCCAAUAUCCAAUCUGCACUUGAAUAAGGAUAAUAUUGUCAGUGCGUCAUUGGAUGGUAACUUACAUGUUUGGAAUCGUAGUACAAACUUAGGAUCAUCAUCGUCAUCAUCGGCUCAAGACCAACAACAUGAUUCAUCAUACUUGCUCAAAAGGCCAUACAUCGAUGAUAAGAUGUAUCUAUGU